AUGGCGGACCCCGCCGACCUGAACCUGGACGCGCCCAGCGACCUCCAGGACAUACCUGACCUGGCCAUGCAAUUGAUUCCCCCGCCAGAGGGAACAUACCCCGACAAGUCCUCCCUGCUUGCGGCCGUCCAGGACCAUGGCAAGACCCACGGCUACAAUGUGGUGGUCAAAUCCUCCAGCACACCAACUGAGAAGAAGCCGGGUCGAACGGCAAAAGUAUGGUUGCGCUGCGAUCGCGGUGGUCACUACCGGCCCCGAAAUGGACUCACCGAGGAGACACGAAAACGACGCCGGACCUCACGACUGAUGGACUGCCCUUUCAUGCUCGUCGCAGCUGGUUCCCCGGGAAUCUGGACCUUGACCGUACUGAACCCGACCCACAAUCAUGGACCCGUUGUCGAGAAGCCCCGACAGGUGCCUCACCACAAGGUGCGCAAAGGCCAACUCCCUGCGAUUCCAUACGACUGGCCACACGAUGCGACCUUUACUCCAUACACGACUGCGCUGGUGAUCAUUGACAUGCAAAAGGACUUCUGCACACCUGGAGGAUACAUGCAGUACCAGGGCUACGAUAUCUCUCCAGCACAAGAUCUGAUUCCCAAGCUACAGCGCCUGCUUCAUGCCUUCCGCUCUGGCGGGUUUCCUGUGUAUCAUACUCGUGAGGGCCACCGCCCAGAUCUAUCCACUCUUUCCAGCCGUGAGGCCUAUCGUUCCCGCAACAAUGCUACCGGUCUAGGCAUUGGCUCCCCAGGCCCGAUGGGCCGCCUGCUUAUCCGAGGCGAGAUGGGUCAUGACACUGUAGAUGAACUGUACCCACUUCCAGGCGAACCCGUCAUCGACAAGCCUGGGCGCGGUGCAUUCGCACAUACCGAUUUCGAGCUCAUCCUCCGAAACAAAGGUGUCAAGAAUCUCGUCAUCGCCGGUGUCACUACUGAUGUAUGCGUCUCAACCACUCUGCGUGAGGCCAACGACCGUGGAUUCGACUGUGUGGUCCUGGAUGAUGGUACUGCUGCAGCCGAGCCUCCACUCCACGCCAGCACCAUCGAGUCCAUCAAGAUGGAGGGCGGCAUCUUUGGCGCCGUCGCCAAGCUCGAGGACGUGGUUCACGCCGUCGAGAACUUCAAGUCUGUCACUAUGAAGAAGCUGGCUCCUCAGAUGACGGUCUGA